UUUUUGUAUGUAAAUUAACGGACAAAUGUUUUUAAUUAAUCUCAAAUAGUAAUAAUCUGUUCACUCAACCACUCACUCUCUCUCUCUCUCUCUCUCUAUACGAGCAUGGUCCGAUCCAUCGUCGAUGAGAUUGAACCCACCAUCGGGAGGAUACCGACGACUGGCAUUCCACCGGCGGCGAUCACGUUCCACCGCCGGUGAUUCCAUCGGCGGCGACAUGCUGCCCGAAUCCGCCUUCCUCCGCCGCUCCAUCGUCGCCGUUUGCUUCGUCCUCGCCGCCUCUCUCUCCUGCUUCGUCCUCUUCAAAGCCGCCAACUUAGCCCGGAUCAUACAAACAUCCUCUCCCCUUCGCCAUGUCAUUCCCUCGUUUCCCGAUAUCUCUACCUCUGGUAGUGACGAGUACAAGCUUGAAAGAGUGUUAAAGAAUGCUGCCAUGAAAGAUGGAACAGUUAUUUUAACUACUUUAAACGAAGCUUGGGCAGCUCCAAAUUCGAUUGUUGACCUGUUUCUUGAGAGCUUUAGGAUUGGAGAUGGCACUCGUAAACUUCUGAAGCAUUUAGUGAUUAUUGCCUUGGAUGAGAAAGCAUUUUCCCGGUGUUUGGUUGUCCACAUCCAUUGCUUUGCCCUUGUCACUGAAGGGGUCGACUUUUCUCGGGAGGCCUAUUUUAUGACCCCUGACUACUUGAAGAUGAUGUGGAGAAGGAUCGAUUUCCUGCGGUCUGUUCUUGAAAUGGGAUACAACUUUGUUUUCACGGAUGCUGAUAUCAUGUGGUUUAGGGACCCAUUUCCCCUGUUUUAUUCAGAUGCAGAUUUUCAAAUUGCAUGUGAUCAUUUCUUGGGCAGCUCCUAUGAUUUGGAGAACAGACCAAAUGGGGGAUUUAACUUUGUCAGGUCCAAUAACCGGUCCAUGGAAUUUUACAAGUUCUGGUACAACUCACGUGAAGUGUAUCCAGGAUACCAUGACCAAGAUGUCCUUAACAUUAUCAAAUUUGAUGCUUUCGUCAUCGAUUUAGAAUUAAAGAUGAGAUUCUUGAAUACGGCUAACUUUGGUGGAUUUUGCGAACCAAGCAAAGAUUUGAAUCGAGUUUGUACAAUGCAUGCAAAUUGUUGUUUUGGUCUGGGCAACAAGAUUCAUGAUCUCAGAAUCAUGCUCGAGGACUGGAAACAAUAUAUGUCUUUGGCACCGAGCUUGAAGAUAUCAUCUAUAUCAUCCUGGAGGGUUCCUCAGAACUGCAGCCUUGUUCAAAGCCACCAUUACAAUUCACCCCAGAAGAGUGUUGAACCAGCAAAGGAAGAUUGAAAUCCUCUGUACAUGUAUCUCCAGGUUUUUUUUUCUUCACUUGGAAGCCUAUAGAAAACCUCUCAUUGUAGCAUACUACAAUGUGUAACACCCUUUGCGGGUGUGCUUGUCCAUGCCCUUAGCAGCUCCCUUUCCCCAACCUGGAGUAGGCUAGAUGUUAGUUGUAUCUCCAUGUAUGAUAAUAAUGUUUGUACUUAGGUGAUUGAUGGAUAAGGAUGGGAAGACGAAACGAAAAUCAAUAGGCAUUCACUUACCCACAAAAAAAAAAAAAAAAAAAAAGCAACAUGCGUUUAUCAAAAUAUAUGUUUGUAAGUUUGGUAGGCCAUAAAAAAAUCAAUAAGAUGUUGCUUUUUGUUU